UACACAAACCCUAAAAUUACGCGUGCUCUACUCAUUCCCCUUCCCCCCACACCACACUACGCCGCCGCCGCCAACCACCUCUCCACAUUCUCCACGCUGGACAGCCUAGGUCAGACACAAGAUGGACAAGCUGUCGGCGCAGAUGCUGGGGAGCAUCUUCCUCUGCCUCCCCGACCCAGCCGACCUCGGCCACACCUCGGUCGCCUGCAAGUCCUUCUGCGACCUCAUCGCUGACAGCUACUUCCGCCGGCAACACCACAAACGCCACACCUCGCCCCUCCUGGGCUUUGUCGGCAAAUUCGGCGACUUCCACCGCGCCAUCUCGUCGCACCCCUCCGCGCCGGCAGCCAAGCCCGUCGACAACGCCUGCGACUUCUCCUUCUCCUUCCCCCCGAGGACGGAGAGCAUCAUCUAUGGCAUCGUGGACAUCCGCGAGGGUCGCGUCCUCCUCGCCAUAGUGAAUGAGGUGUUUGGUGAGGAGUACGUGGUGUGCUACCCCUUGCACCGCACGUAUGUGGUUCUCCCCAAACUCACCGACGCUGUGACAUCCAAAAGAAACAUUUUCUUAGCCCCACCGAUGCCGGAAACUGUUGUUGACAAGGAUGGGUAGACAGCCUUCAGAGUGAUUAGGAUGGCGCCGAGAGGAGACCAUUUUGAUACCCAUGUCUUCUCUUCCUGGACUUGUCAGUGGGAAGCCCGUCCAUCUGUAAUCUGGAGGGGUCUUGUUGGCUCCCAUUUGUUUACUCUGCCAGGGAUGGUUAACCACUGCCGUGCACAAUAUGCUCACGGCCGCUUCUACUUCAUAUCUAAUAUCAAUAGAUGGGAAACACUGGUUCUUGACCCCAUGACAAUGGAUUUUUCUACUGUUGAUGGCCCCCCGUGGACAGAGUUUGUGAUGAAGACAUAUGUAUCGUGGAGGCAGAUGAAGGCAGUCUCGGGAUGUUUCUAACGUACCAAGACUAUGACACAAGCAAGAUCAUUUAUUGGCAAAGUGAAGGUGAUAUUUCCGGACCAUGGCGGGAAGAGAAAAGAAUUGCUCAUUGGAGCUCGAGAGGGUAUGUUACAUGAUUCUGGAUGAGGCGUACCCAUAUAGCAAUCUUCCACUACCGUACGCAUUACCCACCGUGGCAUCAGGCCCCAAAGAGACGCAGCAGACCAGAACGAUUGUUGAGGAGAUGGAGGACGCUCAGGAGAUGGAGGACGACGAGUACCCAUUCCAGGACCUUGCAGUGGAUUUUCAGUUACUAGAAGAGGAGAACGACAACGACGACGACUUCUUGUCAGAGCCUACAGUGACUUUUGAGUUAACAGUCGAGGAGACAAAGAAGCAGGUGGCCGCCUCCAUUGGACACUCGAAUGUCUGGAACUCGCACCCAAAUAACUACGGCUCCGGAUCCAUGGUUUGCCGUGUCUGUGGCAACUCACAUGGCCUGAUCCGCAAGUACGGGCUGAUGUGCUGCAGGCAGUGUUUCCGCAGCAACGCAAGGACAUUGGCUUCAUCAAGUACCGUUAAGAUUGGAAACCUCAAAAGGAAGCAUGGAGUAGGAUGUCCUUGUCAAAGUGUGUUGAUUCAUAAGGACUAUCUGUAUUAUAUAUUAUGUAAUGAACUAAAUAUUUGAAUCAGAGUAACAAACCUUUGAAACUA